AUGGACGGCGAGACGCAACCACCGCGGGGCUCAAACCCGGAGGCAGACGAUCAAACGGUCGAAAUUGAUCCAUCAAGCACCGUCCUUGACCUAACCAGCUUUCAGCUUCAUGAUCUCAACUCAGUGGAGUUAUCUCCGAGUCUCACCGAGUUAGACCUGACCUCAAAUCGGUUAUCGAGCUUGGACCAUAGAAUCGCGCAUCUCUCGAACCUGAAAAAGCUCUCUUUCCGUCAAAACCUCAUCGACGAUGCUGCUAUUGACCCUUUCUCUAGCUGGGAUUCAAUAUCCGGUCUCCAGGAGCUGGUGUUAAGAGAUAAUAAGUUAAAGAAAAUACCGGAUGUCGGCAUAUUCAAGAGUCUUUUGGUUUUUGAUGUUUCUUUCAAUGAAAUUACUUCAUUGCAUGGAUUGUCUAAAGCCUGUAAUACUCUCAAGGAGCUUUAUGUAUCUAAAAAUGAAGUUACUAAGAUGGAGGAGAUUGAUCACCUUUAUCAGUUGCAAAUUCUCGAACUUGGUUCUAACAGAUUACGGGUGAUGGAGAAUAUGGAAAAUUUUAUGAAUUUACAGGAGCUAUGGCUGGGAAGAAAUCGGAUCAAAGUAGUCAAUCUCUGUGGGUUGAAAUGCAUCAAGAAGCUUAGCUUGCAAAGCAAUCGAUUAACUUCUAUGACAGGAUUUGAGGAAUGUGUUGCUUUAGAAGAACUGUACUUGAGCCAUAAUGGUAUUGCCAAAAUGGAGGGAUUGUCAACCUUGGUCAACCUCCAUGUACUUGAUGUAUCAUCUAACAAGUUAACUUCAGUGGAUGGCAUUCAGAACCUCACCCAGUUAGAGGAUCUGUGGCUCAAUGACAACCAAAUAGAAUCGCUUGAAGGCAUUGCUGAGGCUGUCGUCGGUUCAAGAGAGAAACUAACCACAAUCUACCUUGAAAAUAAUCCAUGUGCAAAGUCUACAAACUACUCAGCCUUUUUGAGACAGUUUUUUCCGAAUAUUCAGCAAAUUGACUGCAGUGUGUUUUCUUAG